CCACUUUGGAUUCCCGCCCAAUUAGCAAAACCAUAUCAUGACCCAGCGACAGCCACCACCCUUCCGCUGGGAACCGCCGCCACCGCCCCUGCUGCGGCUGUCGGAGCUGCCAUCUGAUCCGACUCUAGAGCCACAGCUGACACCAUCACCCCCUCCCCUGGGGAAGGAGAAUGACCAACAAAACUCUGCAAUACCGCUUUUAAAAAUGUCCAACAAAGAGUCUUGUGGGAAAAAGGAGAAGUCUCGGAGAAAAGGCACCACCUCAUCACCUAACUUUGAGGAAGAAGAUAAGAAAGAGAAAAAAACUUCAAGUUCUGCUAAUUCAGCUUACUCUAUAAGAUCAGUUUCUUCAGAGAAGAGAAAACUGAAAUCAGAUCAUACAGAUAUUCUAUACUGUAAUACAAAAAGAAGACAAGAACUCAAAAGAUUCAGUGUCGCAACUGAUACUUCAAGAAAGAGACCAAAAAUCAGUUCUUCAUCUCAAGAACCUGUUGAACUCCAAGAAGCAUCAUUUUCAAAUGAUAAUCAAAUUAUUUCACAGAGUCCUUCCUCAAAUGGAACUAAAACAAAUAUAAGUAUACGUGCAGAUUUUAAACCAAAAGAUAUUAAAUUGAUAAAUGUUCCAAGUAAACUUGACCAUGAACUUAAAAACCUUAGCAGUCCUAAGACUGCCAAAGAUGUGCAACCUAAAGCUGAAGGUCAGGCGUGUGAAAAAAAAUGGGCUCAUUUACUUGCUCAGAGCCAGAAGAUGAAAGAACUCAAAAAAGAAAAGUCUAGUAAAUUGAGAGACAGUUCAGAAAAGUGUGUCUUGGAGAAAUGCAAGAGAAAUGAAUUUUCUCAGGAUUAUAAUUCCAACAAGAUAAUUAAGGAACCACUGGAGCCUAGAAAAAGGAAGAUCAGCUUCAAAAUCCCAAUAAAAUCCCGUGAUACCCUCCAGAAGCUUGUAGAAGAAAAUGUCUUCCGUUUAGAUUCUAACAAGUCAAAGACUAAGCAGGAGGAAAAAGAAUGCUUGGAAAGCUCCCACGUUUCAUUAAAUUUGACUAGGCACAAAAUUGUACAUUUAUGUUCAGAUUCUACAUGUAAGACUGUUCAUGAGUGGAAAGAAAAGCAUCAUCAUGAGCAUCAAGAAAGUAAUGAUUCAAGUUCUAGUAAAAAUCUAACCCAGAAUUUUGAAGCACCAUGUUCUUCGGUGUCACCUGAAAGUGUUCAAGAUACAGAUGAAGAGAUGCAGAUAGUAGAAGAGCUUCAUGCUGCACGUGUGGGAAAAAGUGUGGAUUUACCUGUGGUUCCUCCUUCUGGAGAGUUGAUGAGUAUGGAAAUUGACUUGGUGGAAGACGAUGUGCAUUCUUCUGCCGCAAAUACUGCUUCAGACAAAAAGCUUCUAAUUGUUAUUGACACAAAUAUUCUGAUGAAUCAUCUCAAAUUUAUUAGAAUUUUAAAGACAACAGAAAUACCAGGCUUUGACAGACUUGUGUUGAUAAUUCCCUGGAUUGUAGUACAAGAACUAGAUCGUAUGAAGGCAGGAAAACUACUAAAACAUGCCCAGCAUAAAGCUGUACCUGCAGUUCAUUUCAUUAACGACAGUCUCAAAAAUCAAGAUAGAAAGUUAUGGGGUCAGUCAAUACAACUUGCAUCUCAAAAACUUUAUGGAUUGAGUGAUGAGAACAAUGAUGAUCGGGUAUUAAAAUGCUGCCUUCAAUACCAGGAAUUAUUCCCUUGUUCUCUUGUUAUUCUGUGCACGGAUGAUAGAAAUUUAAGAAACAAAGGCCUAAUAAGUGGUGUGAAGUCACUCAGUAAAGAAGAAUUGAGUGCAGAGUUAUUAAACUUAUCUCUGAACACAGAUGAAUGCCAUCAGCCUUGUAUUUCUAAGCAUCAAUUGAAAGCAGAAGCAACAUCCUUGAAAGAGAGCUUUGAAGAAAAAUCUGCAAAUUCUGGGCUAUCCAUUCUACUUGAAAGCAUCAUAUCUGAGCUUGAAAAAUCUCUUGGAACAGCUUUAUCUUUAAUAUUAGAAACAGAAAUGAAAAUUGCUUUUGGAAACCUCUGGAUGGAGAUGCUGUACUUGAAACCACCAUGGACUUUAAUACACUUAGUACAGUGUUUUAAAAAACAUUGGUUGGCUGUAUUUGGAUUAGUUAUGGAAAAAAACUUGCUUUUAACCAUUGAGAGCCUAUAUGAAAAUCUCUGUAAAGCUAAUAAUGCAGUGGAUUUUACAACAGCAAAAUUCCUGCUUCAGGACUCUAAAAGUUUGUUACAUGCUUUCAGUACAAGGUCAGAUUAUGAUGGUAUUCUUCCACAAGCCUUUGCUCAAGUUAACAAACUGCUCCAAACAUUCACAGAGGUCAAGGCAAAACUUAAACCAAAUCCUUCAGAAAACACAGUGGGUAAAAAGCAGGAAGAUACUUCUUUGAUGACGUCCAGUAAUCAAGAAAUCACCCUUUUCUCGGGUUCUCAGCUUCCCCAACCCAACAGGCAUCAAGAAAUCUGGUCUAUCCUAGAGAAUGUUUGGAUUACAAUAUAUCAGAACAGCACAGAUGUUUUUCAAAGAUUGGGCUCUAAUUCAGCUCUGAGUACUUCAAAAAUAGCAUCAUUCGAAGAAGCAUUUCUAUAUCUUCAAAAGUUAAUGGUGGCUGUGAAGGAUAUUCUUGAAGGAAUUCAGAGGAUUUUGGCCCCCAAUAGCAAUUAUCAAGAUGUUGAGACCCUCUAUAACUUCCUAAUCAAGUAUGAGGUAAAUAAAAGUAUCCAAUUUACUGCCCAGGAACUUUAUAAUUGUGUUUCACAGACUGAGUAUCGGGAAAAGUUAACCAUUGGAUGCCACCAGCUGGUUGAGAUGGAAUAUACCAUGCAGCAGUGCAAUGCAUCUGUCUAUAUGGAGGCCAAAAACAGGGGAUGGUGUGAAGAUAUGUUUAACUAUAGGACCUAAGUGCUAAUCGUAACUUAAAAGGAAUUAAAUUUGUCUUCAAGAAUAGCAGAGUAGCCAAACCCAAGAGAAUAGUAAGCAGUGUCUCUUAGGUACAAAAAUGUGAUUGCCUCAUUGAGGUUUAAAAAAAAAAAAGCCUAAUGCAUCCAUUGUAGGAUUAAAUUGUGGACUCAACUCUCUUGGAGUUGACAGUACCUCCCUAUCUCCUACUCCUGGUACUGAGCUAGUAGCCUCUAAGGAAAAGACAGCCAUCUUUUCCGUUACCUUGGGACAGAGGCCACUGUGGCAUCUGAGGAAGACCCAGUGCACAGCAUUAGCAUCUCUCUCAUCUCUAAAUGUGGGCAUGUGACCAGAGAUACUCUGAAAUCUCAAGGAAUUAGGACAUGACUAUGCUUGCCACAUUCCACAGCUGAAAUCUUACCCUGGGCUGUUUUAUGGUUACACUGUCUUCCGUGUAACCUGGUGAAAAUAACACUCCCUCCACCUUAUACCCCCACCAAGGUAAUGAAAGUAGAACUUUGAUUUCAGCUCUAACUUGUUAUAGCCUCUUCUCUGGGCAUGUCACAUUUCAGGGCAUUUCUAAAGGGGAAGUACAGGUAGAUCCCUAUGCUGAGUUUCCCCUUAAAUGUGAAGCCGCAUGAAUUUAUGGGAUUAGGUGGCAGUGACUGAUGUUGCCUCUGGCUAAAACCAAGUGUUUGAUAGACUUAUUGAGUUAUACAGUAAGUUAGAAGUCCUUGUUUAGUAUAUUAUGUUUUUGUUAAUACAUUAGAUUAAAUCCAAAUUGGUAUUAUAAAUGUUCAUUUAUAUAUUUUUUAAAAAGCAAUAAAUAACUUAGUAAGAGUUUGCUCUUCAUUUUACUUCCAAAUUGUGUUUCUGAAAUGAACAAGGAAUUAUUAUAAAAGUGACCUUUUCCAAUAAAACUUACUUAGGAUGUUCACUAUGGUCUGGGCAGGACCUGCUGAGCUUUAUGUUUGCCACAUUAGGAAACCACACCACACUUUCUCAUAUGGGGUUCAGAGUGCCUUCAGGGAUAUGAUCCUCUGGGUGAAAGGAAGCUUGAAGAGAACAUCUUUGCUCUCUGCCUUUUUCCUUUUUUUCCUCUGAGGAGCACCCCCUACUACCACCAAAGGAACUUUUUUUUGGACCCUCACCCCGUAGCUGCUUCUAUUUGUUGUUUCGUUUUGCUCUGUGCUCUGCCUCGUUACCUCCCUCCCUUUUUCCCCUACUUUUUUAAUAUAGGUUAUGCUUUUUGUGACAUUUCUUUUUAGUCCCAUCACCUACAUACUUUCAUAUAUUUCUCCCUUAUGCAUGUGGGUUUUAAUUUUAACUUAGUCUAGUCUGUAUGUCUUUUACUUUUUGUAUUAUUUUAUUUCAACCUUUCUUUAAAAUGUGUAUUUUUUUUUUAUUUUAUUGAGAUAGGAAGAUAUUUUCUAAUUUUCUAGCCAU